AUGCUUUCCCCUCCAACAUCAUGUGAGCCCUGGAUUUAAUUUUGAUGCUAACGUAAGGAGGGUGGGAGGAAGUGAAGCCUCACUUCUGCAUUCUCCCUCGCCUCCAGGUCUGUGUGGGAGCCCUAAUUUUCUUCCAACUCUAUGUCUGGGUGAUAUUGGCUGGAAAGUGGACUAGCAGGCAAGCGUGGUAAGGAAGCUGCUGCAGCUGACCUGUCAAAUCAGAGAGACUGCAGGAUGGAUGGAACGAGCUCAUCUGCUUAGCUGUUUUGAUUGGGAAGGCACAGGAGAAGAGAUUAGUCGCUGCAGACAUUGGGUCUGGGAAACAGAUGCUAGAAGAUGCUUAGAGAUACCAAGAAGUAAACUCUAGACAGCUGUGAAGAUGAGCAACGAAACCACCCCGGAGGCAGUGUCCUCCCCCCCGGUCUCCUCCCCACCCCCCCAAGGACAGCGUUACUUCGAUCGGUUCUCUGAAGAUGACCCGGAAUAUCUGCGCAUCCGGAACAUGGCGGCCGAUCUCCGGCAGGACUUCAACAUGAUGGAGCAGAAGAAGCGAGUCACCAUGAUCCUACAGAGCCCAUCUUUCAGAGAGGAACUGGAGAGCCUUAUCCAAGACCAAAUGAAGAAAGGGAACAACUCCAACAUCUGGGCCCUGCGACAGAUCGCAGAUUUCAUGGCCAGCACUGCUCCCUCCGUCUUCCCCACCUCGCCCAUCAGUCUCUCCAUGGUGACGCCUAUCAACGACCUCCAUAGCACCGAGUCGCUGUCCCUAGCGAAAGGGGAGCGUCUCAUGCGUUGCAAGGUUGGCAGCAUCUACCGACUGCUGGACCUGUACGGCUGGGCGCAGCUCAGCAACACCUAUGUCACGAUGCGUGUCAGCAAAGAACAGGAUCACUUCUUGAUCUGCCCUAAAGGUCUUUCGUGUAAUGAAGUCACUGCUUCUAGUCUGAUUAAAGUGAACAUCCUGGGCGAAGUGGUGGAGCAGGGCAGCACCAGUUUUUCUGUGGAUGCUAGAGGAUUCGGCCUGCACUCAGCCAUCUACGCAGCCAGACCCGACGUCAGAUGCAUUAUCCACUUGCACACGCCUGCCACUGCAGCGGUGUCUGCCAUGAAAUGUGGCAUUCUGCCUGUAUCCCACGAUGCAUUGCUGCUGGACAACAUGGUGUACUUCGAUUUCAAUGGAGAGAUGGAGGAAGAGGCAGACAGGAUUGAGCUACAGAAGUGCCUUGGACCAACCUGCAAGAUCCUGGUGCUGCGAAAUCACGGCGUGAUCACGCUGGGAGAUACAGUGGAGGAAGCUUUUUAUAAAACCUUUCACUUGCAGGCUGCUUGUGAGAUCCAGGUCUCUGCCUUGUCUAGCGCUGGGGGAGCUGAGAAUCUGAUUGUGCUGGAGCGGGAGAAGUACAGGCCCCAUGACGUUGGAUCAGUCCGAUGGGCUGGGAGCACGUUUGGACCCAUGCAGAAGAGCCGCCUAGGAGAGCAUGAGUUCGAGGCCCUCAUGCGAAUGCUGGACAACCUGGGUUACCGAACAGGCUACACGUACCGGCACCCCUUUGUCCAGGAGAAAAUCAAGCAUAAAAGUGAUGUGCUGAUCCCUGCCACCGUCACAGCAUUCGUCUUUGAGGAGGAGGUUGCUCCCAUCGCCACCCUCCGACAGCAUGCCCAGAAGCAGCAGAAGGAGAAGACCCGCUGGCUAAACACGCCCAACACCUACCUACGCGUGAACGUAGCUGAGGAGAAUCAGAGAAGCGCAGGCAGCCAGCGGACAAAGACCACGUGGAUGAAGGCCGACGAGGUGGAAAAGGCCAGCAGUGGGACCCCGAUCCGAAUCGAAAACCCCAACCAAUUUGUACCUCUCUACACAGACCCACAGGAAGUGCUGGAAAUGAGGAACAAGAUUCGGGAGCAAAACCGCCAGGAUGUGAAAUCAGCAGGACCCCAGUCCCAGCUCUUAGCCAGCGUGAUAGCAGAGAAGAGCAGGAGUCCGUCUGCGGAGAGUAACCUGGCUUCCAAAGCAGACACGGAGACGCAAGAAGUAAUCCAGGAGGAGAUACCGACUGAGCCAGAGCCCCCCAACCCAUUCAGCCAGCUAACUGACCAAGAGCUGGAGGAGUACAAGAAAGAGGUGGAAAGAAAGAAACUGGGAUUAGAUGGUGAGAGAGACGUGAGCGUGGAGGAAUCUCAGGCUUCUCCUGUGAAGUCCCCCUCCGCUUCCCUGCAGCGAAGCCCCACAAAGUCUCCACCAAAGAGCCAACCCGUGUCCCCCACGAAGUCCUCAGACGGUGCUAAGAAGACGGACACCAGCCAAGCCCUUGCCGAUCGCACUGCUGCUGGAGAGAAGGCGCAGCCAGCAGCGGUGGUCGUGAAUGGGAAAGAUGACGACCAAACUGCAGAAGACACCCUAAGCAAAGGAAUGAGCCAGAUGACCACAACCACAGAUGCCGACCCAGAUGCCCCUAAGGACAAAACUGAGUCAAUUACUAGUGGGCCUGUGUCCCCAGAAGGCUCGCCAUCCAAAUCUCCCUCCAAGAAGAAGAAGAAAUUCCGGACCCCAUCCUUCCUGAAAAAAGGCAAAAAGAAGGAGAAGACUGAAUCUUGAUUCCUCUCCAGGCCUUCUUCUCCUGCUGCUUCCUUCCUUUUCCCCCACCCACCAAGGUCAAGAGCAGUAGAGGAAGCUGAUAGCCAAUAGCUGCCUCUCCUAGAAUGGUUUGUCCUGAGAUAGAACCAGAGGUUGAGGGUACUGGAAUGACUCCUGUGUAAUACGUGUGGAUGAGACAAUAUCUAGACUUUGGGGGAAAUUAGGUGAAUUUUCUGGGUACUCAUGGCACGAGACCUAUUGUUCCGUGUUAAACUGGUUUUUGAAGAAAGCGAGCUUAGGAAUGAUUGUGGUCCUUAUUUUCUGCUCAAGGGAGCUAGUCACUAAUUUCACAAGCUGUAAAAGUGGUUCUCUGUACCAGUUCCUCCUUAUCACAGCACUAAUGCUCCAAACCAUUAUCUCCUGUGGGCAGAGGUUUUUCCACAUGCUGCUACCUUUACAGCCCAUGUGGCCACCUUUUAGAGAUAAUUUGGUGCAAGAACAGACCCUCAUGAAACAGGAGGGGACACUGACAAUGAUUGAUUCCCUUUUUCCAGUUCUGCAGUGGAAUCCUGGCUAAUUACCUUGUUGCAAUUUGCCGUAUAAUCUCAAAUGGAGACGAUCCAAUUUUAUCAAAACCCAAAGGUGAAGGAUUGCUCUCCUAGAAGGAAGGGUCAGGCUGUGGACCCAUGACCUUUUGCUUCCUGGUGACUACCUUACACCUAGGCCAACAAGCCAUUUUCAAGUUCCUUUCUAGCCAGAAUGGUGACACCAAGUUAUCUAACGAUCCAUUUGCUGCAGUAGUGAAGCCUCUUGGAAAUGACUAUUGUGUCUCAGUCGGUGGGGAAGUACACAAAUCCCUCCCUCACAAUAACACACAAGAUAACGUGUCCCACUAUAAAUAUAGUGGUAAGAGCGGGGAAGGAAAAAAGCCUCCAGGAACUCUCUAUGUUAAGUUUAAGAAGCAAGAAAAUUUCAGUCACUAAGUGCUAUUUUGUUAGUUCGGAAUAAAUGCACGCUGACGAUAUCACUCCUGUAAUAAUCACUCCAGAAUGAAAAGCCUAUAGAAAAUGCGACUUCACCCUCACUUGCUGCGCUACUAAUUAAUUGCACUUAGAUGAGGCUGUGAUGCAGAUAUGAGACCUGUUAGCACUUUUCAUUGCAUUCAGCUUCCGCUGGCUCAGCACAUGCCAUUCUGGACUGGCAGCGAAGAGGGGUUAUGAGUGCAUUUCCUUUUCCCCACCCACACCCUCCCACCAACCCCAACUCCAGAGUGAAAAUGAAACACGAGUUCACACCUGUGACAUGUUAUUGCCAACUGGCUUAACCUGCCCCCCAGUCUCUAACCUUCACUCCCUCUUCAAAAUAAGACAAAGUUACCAACAGAUUAGGAUUAUUAAAAUUUACAGUCAGAGAAUCAUAGAAAUAUAGGGCUAGAAGGGUCAUUGAGAGAUCAUCUAAUUCAUCCCCCCAUGCUAAGAUAGGAUUAAGUAAACCUAGACCAUCCCUGACAGGUGUUUGUCCAACCUGUUCUUAGAAUCCUCCAGUGAUGUGGAUUCCACAACCUCCCUUGGUAACCUGUUCCAGUGCUUAACCAUCCGGAUAGUUUGAAAGGUUGAGCUAAUAUCUAACCUAUCAUGCCACAGUUAAAGGAGAGAAACAGGCCAAUGUUCCUCUGUCAGUUUGAGGACUCUGGCAUUAAAGGUGCGAACCAAAUGAGAUCUUGAUCUUGCCCCAUUGAAACAAAUGGGAGCUGGAUCAGACUCCGAAGGCUUAGGGUCGCUGUUCUGAAACAAUGGGCUAUUGUUAGUCCGCAGAAUGGGAGAGAGAGAGAGAGUGUGUGUGUGUUCUCUGUCAUCAGCUCCACAGAAUGGAAGGCUUGCAAACAACUGACUUAGAAGGAUAUUGUAGUCUAUAUACUGACAUGGUGUUCUGGGUCAGGCUCACCUCUAAUGUCUAUCAGUAGUUCUAUAAGAUCAGGAAGCGAGGCCUCUUUCUUUAGUAGCCUGGACUUGAAACCCUGCAUGCUGAAUGCCAAUGAAGUUUGGAUUUGGAUGUGAUUCCGGUCCAUAAUUUGUGAGCCGGAUUCAUCUCUGCCUGUAUGAAGCAAACUGAUUGGAAAAAUUCUGAUAAAAAAACAACUUUCAUUGUUUUCUUUUGUUUUUUUUUAAAUGUUCCAACCCCUGUGGUUUUCAGAGUCUCAUCUGUGUUGGAAUGAGGCUGUGGGGUCUAGAGGUUAAAGCACAUGACUGCAUUUUAGGAGACCAGGAGUCUAUUCUCAGCUCUGGCCUGCUGGUUGACCUUGGGUUAGUCUCUGCACCUCAGUUUCCCCUAUGUGCUUUGAGCUCUGCUGUUGAAAAGUGCUAUAUAUGAAUGCUAGGUAUGGUUAUUUAUUAUUCCCCUUCACAAUAACAGAAUCUGUUCAGACAAAAUGUCCUUGAAAUAAUCUUUUUUUAAUAAGGCUCUUGUGGUGGGGAAUCCAAGAACAUGCCUUCCAGAAAGAUCCAUACUGAGAAAGUAGCUGAUGCAUUUUCUUCAUAGGGUAGGGAAUCAGCUCCCCAAUCUUGCAUCACGAUUUGCCUUAAUAAAAAACUAUGUGGUGAUUUGCAAUUUUUAAUAAGCACCAAAAUCUUGCUUUGCCACCUUUUUUGGGGGGCGGGGGUGGGGAGGAAUAGGAUGGAGGGGAAGAUAUUUUGAAAACGCAAGUUAUUUUUAUUUUAGAGGGCAAGUUACUAGGUGUGCUUGGCAAAUGUGGAACACGAAAAAAAAUCACCAAAAAAACCUCAACAGCAAAAACACUGGACGUUUUAGAUAUGUGCUCUUGGUGUUCAUGUAUGCUAGAUAAAUUAAAUCCAGGUCCUUAAGGUUAGCUGUGCUUACAUUUCUGUUGCCUAAAUCCAUUGUAUGCACGAUGGGCAGAUUUUGACAAAUUAAAGGCCAAACUUAUAAAUAUUUACUGUUGGAUGUUGUGCUUAUUAACAUUAGAUUUUAAGGCCAGAAAAGCUCAUUAUGACUAUCUAGUCUGAAUUCCUGAAUAAUACAGGCCAGAAAAUUUCACCCCUGAGUGAUCCCACAUAGUCAAUGGUUAUUAUUGACCAUGAUGUCUUACUGUUGUUUAAUAUCUGAAUUACAACUCUGCCCAGAGGCCCAUGAUCCAGAUUGGGGCCCCAUUGGACUAAGUGCUGUAUAAACAUAGAUGAAAGCGUGGUCCCUGCCUCCAGAGAGCUUGAAAUCUUGAGUCCUGCUUCUGCAACAGACUCCACAGACCCAUGUGAAGGGGUCCGUCUAUGUGGUUUCAGUCACAGUACUAGGCCUAAGACCCUAAGACCUCAGUCCUGCAGUCAGAUCAUGUGGAGUCCCACAAAUUCCAGUGGGGCUUCAUGUGAAUAUGCACACACUAUGUGGAUCAGACUGCAGGACUGGGGACUGGAGUGGUGCCUGAGUCUUAUGCUGAAGUGGAUUCCACCCUUAGUACAAUUAAUACAUGGGGCAAAAUUCAGACUUCAUAUAGCUAAUCAGCUCCAUUGACUUCCUUAUUUGUUACUUGUACUGGAAUUGCAUCCGUUUACACCAGCUCUGAUUUUUGCCCUGUGGUGUGUCCAGUUUUAAGGUCUGGCGCUGCGUGUUGGGCACCAAAGAAGAAAAACAUGAGCCAAGGUCUGCUCCAUGGAAAGGCAAAUGUUGAGUUGUGUGACCGGGUAAGCCGAGAAGGGCCAUGUGAGGAACAUGUAGGUUAGAGACAUACUCAAAGAAACAGCCAUAAACAAAAGAACAAGGGAGUGCAGGCUCAGAUGGCUUGGUGAUGUAAAGCGCAGUCUAGACAACUGUGUGGGUAAGAGAGGCCAAGAGAUCAAGACUGAAGGGAAAAGGCAGCGAGGCUGACCCAGGAAAAAAUGGUGGGAUGUCAUAAGGGAAGAUACAAAAACAACUAAGAGUCCGAUGGCAUCUUAAAGACUAACAGGUUUAUUUGAGCAUAAGCUUUCGUGGGU